UAGUAUGUGCAUUCAAGGUCCAAAGCAAGCAAUCUAGUGCGUUACUAAAUCCGUUGUUCCUCUCUUACACACACAUCCCUGCUGUAAUGGCGGACAGCGUGGUUUCCUUUGUUUUAGAUCACUUGUCCCAGCUAUUGGCACGUGAAGCUAAGUUGUUGUGUGGCGUGGAAGACAGGAUCUUGUCCCUCCAAAAUGAGCUCGAAAUGAUCAACGAGUUCCUCAAUACCUCAAAGAGCAAGAAGGGGAUCGAAAAAAUAGUGGUGAGCCAAAUCAGAGAUGUGGCCCACUUAGCUGAGGAUGUCAUCGACACAUUCCUUGCCAAAGUUGUUGUGCACAAGAGGAGAAGCAUGUUGGGAAGGAUGCUCCAUGGCGUGGACCAUGCAAAGUUGCUCCACGAUCUAUCCGAGAAAAUAGACAAGAUCAAAAUCACCCUGAACGAGAUACGCGACAACAAGAUCAAAUACGUCGAGUUCCAAGAAAGCAACAAUCAAUCCACAAUAAAAGAGGAGGAAAAGGCAGAGUCAUUGCACGAGCGUAGAAGAAAUGUUGAGGAAGAGGAUGUAGUGGGUUUUGUCCAUGACUCCAAAGUAGUCAUCAAGCAGCUUGUGGAAGGAGGUUCAUUGCGUAACGUCUCCAUCAUUGGCAUGGGUGGAUUGGGCAAGACCACUCUUGCUCGAAAGGUCUAUAACAGCAGUCAGGUAAAACAAUACUUUCGGUGCCGCGCUUGGGUUUACGUCUCAAACGAGUGCAGAGUUAGGGAGCUUUUGCUUGAUCUUCUUAAGCAGUUGAUGCCAAACCCUGAAUACGAAUAUGGAGGCAAAAAGAAAGGCAAGAAACACACUCAAGACGUUUCUAACUUGAGCGAGGAAGAGCUGAAGAAAUUGGUGUGGAAACGCUUAGAGAGGAAAAGGUAUCUGGUGGUCCUAGAUGACAUGUGGAAAAGACAAGAUUGGGAUAAGGUGCAAGAUGCUUUUCCAGACAACAACGAAGGCAGCAGAAUAUUGAUCACUAGUCGUUUGAAAGAGUUGGCCUCACAUACUAGCCAUCAUCCUCCUUACUAUCUUAAAUUCCUCAACGAAGAAGAAAGUUGGGAGCUCUUUUGCAGGAAAGUGUUUAGAGGUGAAGAAUACCCUUUUGAUUUGGAGCCUCUGGGCAAACAAAUAGUUCAAAGCUGUCGCGGUUUGCCCCUCUCAAUCAUUGUCUUGGCAGGGCUGCUAGCCUACAAGGAAAAGUCAUACAAAGAAUGGUCUAAAGUGGUUGGUCAUGUCAAUUGGUAUCUUACCCAAGAUGAGACCCAAGUAAAGGAUAUAGUUCUCAAACUCAGUUACGACAACUUGCCAAGGAGAUUGAAACCAUGCUUUCUGUACCUUGGGAUAUUCCCUGAAGACUUUGAAAUCCCAGUUAGGCCAUUAUUGCAACUUUGGGUUGCCGAAGGAUUUAUACAAGAAACAGGGAAUAGAGACCCAGAUGAUGUGGCAGAAGACUACUUGUACGAGCUCAUUGAUCGUAGUUUAGUCCAAGUAGCAAGAGUGAAGACUAGUGGAGGUGUCAAAAUGUGUCGCAUACAUGAUCUUCUCCGAGAUCUUUGUAUAUCAGAGAGCAAAGAGGACAAAGUGUUUGAAGUUUGCACAGAUAACAACAUUCUAAUCUCAACAAAACCUCGUAGACUGUCCAUCCUUUGUAACAUGGGUCACUACAUUUCUUCAAGCAACAACGACCAUUCAUGUGCCCGUUCUUUGUUCAUACCUGGCUCAGGUAACUUUAUCAGUCCAAGUGAAUUGAAAUUGCUUUUAAAAGGUUUCAAAUUGGUUCGGGUGUUACACCUUGGAACAGACUCUUUUGGAUUAAAGAUCCCUUCCAAUUUGGGGAACUUUAUCCACUUAAGGUACUUGAGAAUAGACACCUCGGAUGUUAAAUUUAUUCCAGCUUCUAUACUUACCCUUGAAAAUCUACAAACCAUAGACUUAGGUCAUUUUUGGAAUUUGACUUUCCCAAUUUCUUUCCCUGCUGGAAUAUGGAAACUCAAUCAUUUAAGACAUUUGUAUACACAAGGACCUAUCAAGCUACGAGGCCACUGUUCAGGUUCAAAUGAGGUUAUGUUGAAUCUUCAAACCAUCUUUGCCAUUGUACUCGAUCGACAAACAAUAUCUCUGAUAAAGAAAGUAAGGUUUCCCAAUCUUAAAAAAUUAGGGUUGCAAGUGUCUUCAAGUUGCAAAGACCAAGUACCUGAGUUGUUGCAGAGCCUACACCCAUUAUGUCAUUUGAAGAACUUACGCAUUUACCUCAAAGGUAAGCGUGCUUCAGGUACGUUGCCCCCAAACCAUGAGAGCAUGGAAUGGAACAUUGGUUGUAAGCCACAAGAACUAUUACAAAGCCUAGGUCAAUUGAGUUGUCUAACUGCGUUAAGAAUUAUGAAUGUCUUCGACCUUCUAACCUGUGGGGUUGUCACAUUUCCUCCAAAUAUUACAAAAUUAACGUUGUCAGGUAUUAAGUGCAUCACUGACGGGGGGAUGAAAGCGUUGGGAAAUCUCACCAAACUUGGAAUUUUGAGACUUAGAGGAUCUUCAGAUGAUUCUUUCGACCUAAAUUGCGUUGAAGGUGGGUUCCCACAAUUGCAAGUGCUUGAGAUGAGUUUGUUGGGAGUUGGAAAUUGGAAAUUAGGCAAUGGUACAAUGUUACGCCUUCAAAGUUUGGUCAUCAAUUACUGUGAAGGGUUAAAUGAUCUCCCAAAUGAACUGUGGUCGUUGACUGACUUAAGAAAAGUGCGAGUAUGGCAACCCUCGGAACCAAUGGCUCACAUGCUAAGGAAUUUGAAAAUAAAGAAUGCGGUUGAACUCGUAAUCGUCGAGGAUUAUUAGAACUUGAGUUUGUUGACUCAAAGUAUGGAUUACAAAGGUUUUUGUGUGUGUUUGAUUGCAAACAAGUCCAUAGUUAUGUUGGGUUUGAUUAGUUUUCUUCAAGAUUUUAGAAUAAUGAAGUUUAACGAGUUGACAAACUCGUCCAAGCAUGUAUAUAAAAAAGUUGAUGAAUUUAAUUAUGAAAAACCUUUGUUAGUUUUUGGAUGUAAGAGUUAGACUAUCUGACCUUUUCUAUUUGUUUAACACCACUUUAAAAUUAAAGUUAAUUAAAAAGAUUAAAAAUAAAGUAAAAAAAUUUGAUGA